UUUCGUACGGUUGGAGCAUACGAAUCUUACGAUACGCGAUUCAAAUUUCAAACGAGUCUAUCUGAGGGCACACAGUUGCAGAGGAAGACUCUAAGCACAACGGCCAUGGCGUCGAUGGAUGUAGAAGAAGCACGACUGGUGUUUCCGCACUGGAAACCCCUCCGUCGAAGGUUCGGUCCUGAAUCCCCUUUCUUCGCAUCUGGAAACAUCGAGAGGGAACUGCUCGCCAAACAGAUUGCAUUGGAUUUAACCGAAGACGAAAAGCAUCAGCUUCGAAAAAUGGUAGAUGAGGAAGGCAGGGGGGUUUUCUGUUCGAUUGUUGGUUGCGGUGCUCGCUUGAGUUCCUUGGAGGACUUUGAAGAUCACUACAAUGCACGGCACACCGCGUCUUGUUUUGUGUGCUCUAGAGUCUACCCAACGUCACGGUUGCUCAGCAUGCAUGUAUCCGAAGCACACGAUUCUUUCUUUCAGGCGAAAGUGGCACGCGGCUAUCUCAUGUAUGACUGCCUUGUAGAAGGCUGCGGUUUGAAGUUCAAGAACUAUAAAAGUCGGCAGCAACAUCUGGUGGACAAGCAUAAAUUCCCCACUUCAUUUGAGUUUUUCAAGCAGGCUCUUCCUUCCAAAAAACAGAGGCAGAAGAAGAACCAGCGGAGACAAGUUGUUCCGAAGAAGGCAGAUUCAUCUAGUACGCAAGUAGAUAACGAAACCAUGGAUGGCCUUGUUUCUGCCGUCUCCAAAUUAAGCACAUCAGACUCGACCCCUUCAGCCAUCAGCUUUGGUCGUCGACCCACUCGUGGCGUGGCAUUCGUCCCAAGAGCCGUUCAACGUGAGAAAAAACCGGACUCUGCAUAAGUUGGAAUGCCGAGAACUCCUUCGGAAGAUUUUGAAUGUUGUACGUGAUGAUUAAUUGUUGAACGGUUAUGAGUGAGCAGCUUGCUACUCCCUCUGAUUGUAAGGAUGUUUUGGGAUCACUGAUGUAGAUGGAAUAUUUUAUUUUUUC